GGGGCCCCGGCGUGGGAAGCGGCGGCGGCGGGGCGGCGGCGGCGGAGGCGGAGGCGGCGGCGGCGCCAUGGAGCCGCGGGAGGUGAAGGACCGGAUCCUGGAGAACAUCUCGCUGUCGGUGAAGAAGGUCAGUCUUGUGGGCCAGCCCGCUGUAAAGCCACCUGUUCACUUAACAAGUAUUUGUUGAGUGACUGUGUUGUGCCGAGCACCCUCCCAGUCACGAGGAAUCAGCAGUGCACAGAACCCGCCCAGCCCCUGCCCCCUCGGGGCUGACGCUCUAGAAGACGAGACUGACAUUAAACAGAUGACAGCGGAUGAGGCUCCAGGAAAGGAAGAUGGUGAGAGGCCCUCCCAAGAGGUCCCUGAGCAAACACCAGAGACCUGGAAGCCAAGCAACGGCCUGAAAGAACCUGCCGCACACAGGAUUCUACUCCAUCUUUGUAGCACCACAGUGCAAGCAGGAGCUGGCAGGAAGCAGUUGCAGAGCUACUUUGCUGCAUGUGAAGAUGAGACCCCUGCCAUCCGGAACCAUGAUAAGGUCCUGCAGCGUCUGUGUGAGCACUUGGACCAUGCCCUGCUCUAUGGACUGCAAGACCUCUCAUCUGGCUACUGGGUGCUCGUGGUGCAUUUCACCCGGAGAGAGGCCAUCAAACAGAUCGAGGUGCUGCAGCACGUGGCCACCAACCUGGGGCGCAGCCGGGCCUGGCUGUACCUGGCCCUCAACGAGAACUCCCUGGAGAGCUACCUGCGGCUGUUCCAGGAGAACCUGGGUCUGCUGCACAAGUACUACGUCAAGAACGCCCUGGUCUGCAGCCAUGACCACCUGACCCUCUUCCUGACCUUGGUGUCUGGGCUGGAGUUCAUUCGGUUCGACCUGGACCUGGACGCCCCCUACUUAGACUUGGCCCCCUACAUGCCCGACUACUACAAACCCCAGUACCUGCUGGACUUUGAAGACCGCCUCCCCAGCUCGGUCCAUGGCUCGGACAGCCUCUCCCUCAACUCCUUCAACUCUGUCACCUCCACCACCCUGGAGUGGGAUGACAGUGCCAUCGCUCCGUCCAGCGAGGAUUAUGAUUUUGGAGAUGUGUUUCCAGCAGUGCCGUCUGUACCCAGCACAGACUGGGAAGAUGGGGACCUCACAGACACUGUCAGCGGCCCCCGUUCCACUGCCUCGGACCCGACCAGCAGCAAGGCUUCCACCAAGAGUCCCACCCAGCGCCACAACCCCUUCAACGAGGACCAGGCAGAGACCGUGUCCUCCUCCGACACUACCCCUGUGCACACCAGCUCUCAGGAGAAGGGGGAGUCCCACACCCCGGACCUGCCAGACAGCUGCACAGAGCUCGAGGUCAUCAGGGUCACCAAGAAGAAGAAAACUGGCAAGAAGAAGAAGCCCAGGUCGGAUGAAGAAGCAAGUCCCCUCCACCCGGCCUCUACCCCGCACACGUGCGCCAGGCGGGGCGAUGGUGACACCCUCGUAGGCAGCCCAGGCCCUGGACGGGGCUCCCCAGACAAGACCCUCGCCCCGCCCCAGGAGGAGGGAGAGGGGCCCGGCAGCACAGCUGAGGGCGGUGAGCGCCCAGAGCCCGGCCAGGUGGGCCUGCUUAUCCCUGAGAUGAAGGACACCUCCAUGGAGCGCCUGGGGCAGCCCCUGAGUAAGGUCAUCGACCAGCUCAACGGGCAGCUGGACCCCAGCACCUGGUGCUCCCACGUCGAGCCCCCCGACCAGUCCUUUCGGACCGGCUCUCCCGGGGACGCCCCGGAGAGGCCGCCCUUUUGCGACUUUAGUGAGGGGCUUCCAGCCCCAAUGGACUUCUACCGCUUUACCAUCGAGAGUCCAAGUACUGUUGCAUCAGGUGGCGGCCACCAUGACCCUGCAGGGCCUGGCCAACCGCUGCAUGUUCCUGGUAGCUCUGCGGCUCCUGGCCAAGAAGAAGCGGGAGGAGGAGGAGGACCGGGACAGGCGCCUCGGCCCCUAGAGGACACCCCGGGGGAGGCGCAGCAGCCAGAGGCCCAGGAGCUGGAGACCCAGUUGCCCCCGGUCGGUGAGGGGCCUGUGCCUGAGCCGGAGCCUGGGACCCAGGAAGCUCUUUCCCGACUCAAGCGAGACCAGCCCAGCCCCUGCCUGAGCAGCGCCGAGGACUCUGGGGUCGAUGAGGGCCAGGGGAGCCCUUCUGAGAUGAGCCACUCGGCAGAGUUCAGAGUGGACAACAAUCACCUGCUCCUGCUGAUGAUCCAUGUGUUUCGAGAAAACGAAGAGCAGCUCUUCAGGAUGAUCCGCAUGAGCACCGGGCACAUGGAGGGCACCCUGCAGCUGCUGUACGUGCUGCUCACAGACUGCUAUGUCUACCUGCUCCGGAAAGGGGCCACGGAGAAGCCAUACCUGGUGGAAGAGGCUGUUUCUUACAACGAACUUGACUAUGUGUCGGUGGGCCUCGACCAGCAGACAGUGAAGCUGGUAUGCACCAACCGCAGGAAGCAGUUUCUGCUGGACACGGCGGACACGGCCCUGGCCGAGUUCUUCUUGGCUUCUCUGAAGUCAGCCAUGAUCAAGGGCUGUCGGGAACCACCCUACCCCAGCAUCCUGACGGAUGCCACCAUGGAGAAGCUGGCACUGGCCAAAUUUGUGGCCCAGGAAUCUAAGUGUGAGGCGACUGCAGUUACUGUGCGCUUCUACGGCCUUGUACACUGGGAGGACCCCCAGGACGCGUCCCUUGGCCACGUCCCCUGCCACUGCUUACCCCCCGAGGGCACCAUCACCAAAGAAGGCAUGCUGCACUACAAGGCGGGCACCUCCUACCUGGGCAAGGAGCACUGGAAGACGUGCUUCGUGGUGCUCAGCAAUGGGAUCCUCUACCAGUAUCCCGAUCGCACCGACGUCACCCCCCUGCUCUCGGUGAACAUGGGGGGGGAGCAGUGCGGUGGCUGUCGGAGAUCCAACACCACGGAUCGGCCCCACGCCUUCCAGGUCAUCCUUGCCGACCGGCCCUGCCUGGAGCUGAGCGCCGAGAGCGAGGCUGAGAUGGCCGACUGGAUGCAGCACCUCUGCCAGGCCGUGUCCAAAGGGGUCAUUCCCCAGGGGGUAACUCCCAGUCCCUGCAUCCCCUGCUGCCUGGUGAUCACCGACGACCACCUCUUCACGUGCCACGAGGAUUGCCAGACCAGCUUCUUCCGCUCCCUGGGCACCACCAAGCUGUCCGACAUCAGCGCCAUCUCCACGGAAACGGGCAAGGAGUACUGUGUCCUGGAGUUUUCCCAGGACAGCCAGCAGCCCCUCCCACCCUGGGUCAUCUACCUGAGCUGCACGUCUGAACUGGACCGAUUCCUGUCUGCACUGAACUCUGGGUGGAAAACCAUCUACCAGGUGGACCUCCCCCGCAAGGCCAUCCAGGAAGCCUCCAACAAGAAGUUCGAGGACGCCCUGAGCCUCAUCCACAGCGCCUGGCAGCGCAGUGACAGCCUGUGCCGGGGCAGAGCCUCCCGGGACCCCUGGUGCUGAGGCGGAGCUGGCUGGCAUCCCGGUGGGGCAGGAGAGGGAGGCACACGCGAGGCUGCUCGGGGCCAGGCUCCCACCCGAGCUCCUGGGCAGCAGAACCACCGAGUGUGGCACAUGGUCUCCCUCCCGAGGAUGCAGAACGCGUGCUGAACCCUCUGGGCUUCCUGCCCAGCAGGUGGCGACCGGGAAGUGCUGAGUGCAGAGGGUCCGAGCCCCAUGGGCUCUGCAGAUGCAGUGGUAUCCUCGCCAGAGCCACCGCCUCAGUCCACGAGGGGAGUGGAAGGACUGGGAGGGCAGGAGCCCCUUCUUCCUCCCCUGGGUCAGGGGCCCGGGCAGAGGCUUAGGCCACCCUGGGGGCUCUGAGUGCCUGGCCAUCCCUGUUCAUGUUUGAACAUUCACCCGGCUGGGAGGGAAGCUGGAACACCGAGGUCUCAGUGCAUGUCUUCUCCUCACUAACUCCAUCCCCAAGCACACUGCUCCCUGCCUUCCAGGGCCUGGGGGGCUGCAGGGGGCCGAGCUGGCCCUCCCUGGCUACCAGGAGGCCCUGCAUGUCCACGGCCCCCUACCCUGCCUCCUCCAACCCUGGCAGUACCUGGAGGACCCAGGGAUCAAGCAUCUCCUUUUGCCGGGAGCAAAGCAGAGGGAGGAGGGCUUGGAGGGGAGCAAAGGCCACCAGCCUGUGUCCCCUGCUAGGCUGGAGCCAGGUCGUUCCCAAGAGGGCCCUCUGGGGGAAGGGGUCAGGUGGCCUGAGUUUUGUUUUUUAAAAUAAAAUAGACAUGUUAUAUUGCCAA